AUGCCCGCCUCUUCACGCAAAAGCAGCAUCGGCUCUCGCAGGCCACCCACGAAGUAUGUUCCGUACCGCGGAGAUGAUCUCCAGCAUGGAAAGAAGACCGGCAUGGCGGUCGCAUACGUCGACCACAAAUCCGACGAAUUCGAGCCGUUCGACAAAGUUAUCAGCCAAGCGGACCAGCGCACACCCCCGCGAGUGCACAAUGCACGCAAGAGGCGCACUCCCAAGCCAAAGACUCCCAUUGUAGAGGAAGAGGACGACGAGAAUGGUGAGAUGUCUAUGGACCUCGAGGAUAGCACCGCCAAAAGCCCUUCAGCAUACUUUGCGAAUGCACGCGUUCGUACCUUAACGUCGAGCGUGCAACGCGUCGGCUCGUCCUUGCGCCCGGUAGCCCACGGCGCCGAUGUUGACUUCGACAAGGUGCCGUCCCCGCGGGGUUCCCCUGCUGUGAACGGUCGCAAGUCGCUUGGACGUGGCCGAUCAUCGAUAUCUGGACCUUCCCAUUUGUCUCAGUCUACGGUAGCGCAGGAUUUCGAGGAUAUCCAUGUGGACAACGAUGGUCCUAGCAUGGAUAAAGGCGGAGGCUUCGGCGGGUUCGAUGACGAUGAUUCCGACAACGAACCGGCCAUAUCGCCCCCACCACCACAGUCCCACCCGAAAGUGAACGGACAUGUUUCGCGGCGCACCAGCUUUGCGCAAAUUGACCAGGAGGACGAGGACGAAGACCAGGAGCCCGGCGUGUACGAUUCUCCUAGCGCCAGGGCAAGAGGGAAGCAGCGCGCAAGCGUCAAUCCACCGCGCCAGGAUGAGGACCCGGAAAUGGAGGACGAGAUCGCACAAGGUUUCGCGGAAAUCGAACAGGAGCCAAUGGAUGAGGAUGUACAAGAGGUGGAAGAGGAACGGCCGCGCAAGAGAGGGGUCCAGGACAAGGAUGAUAGCCUACAGAAGGAGCAACCUGCAAGCAAGAAGAAACGUACGGAGAACGAGGGCGCAAAGAAGCCACGAGGAAGACCUCGGAAGGAGAACGUGCUACGCGAAGUAAUCCCGGACGACAAUAACGCAGAUGGGCUCCGUCGCGGCACACGUACACGGUAUAAACCGUUGGAUUGGUGGCGUUGCGAGAAGGUAGUCUACGGACGACGAGAGUCGGGUAUAUCUCUUGUACCGACCAUCAAGGAAAUCCUUCGCAUACCUAAGGAGGAACCAGAGCCUCUGGGCGCGAAGUAUCGCAGGCGAAAGAAGCUCCGCAGCAAGAGCAAGAGUCAACCUGUCGAGGAAAUUGACCCGGCGAGUCUGGUAUAUAAUCCGGAGGAGGGCUGGGAUACUGCGACCAACCCAUCCGGCAUGGUGGAAGAUUACGAGACCAAGACCGAGAUUACCAGACGGGUGGCAUUCACUGCAAAAAUGCUGACACCUAAGCCGGCGGCCAAUAAUGACUUCUUCUUUCAGAAGAUAUUCGGCGACGGUGACUUUAUUGCGGCGGGCCAACUCAUCAUCCCUCCCAACAAGCAGAAACCGACAAAAAGCACCAGAGACAAUACAUUCGUCUUCUACGUCAUCGAGGGCGCGGUCAACUUCAAGGUACAUCACACCAGCUAUAUACUGACAACCGGAGGCGUGUUUCUCGUCCCACGAGGCAACAUGUACUACAUUGAGAACGUCGCCGAGCGCGACGCGAAGCUCUUCUUCGCCCAGGCCCGCAAGGUGUCUAAGGACGAAGAUGAGGACGACAACAGCUCGAGCCGCGCCCGCUCGCUCAGCCAGAAACUCCUGUUGCGAAGUCACCGACACUCGGGUGGCGGCUCGGGCAGUCCGGUCGCUCAUCGCUCGUCGAGCGCGCGCGGUUCGUCGGAGACGCUGCAGGCGCAGCCUGCGCAUGCCGCCGGUGCCGCGGCGCUCAGGCGGGCAGCGUCGACGAAAACGUAG